AGUGUUGGUAUGUCGCCAAACAUUAGAUACGGUUUUCUGGAGCGCCGAGUCGCAGUAGGAACGAGUACACAGACGAGUGCGCGACUUUAUCGUCAAAGACGCGAUGUUAGUUAGUGGAGAGGGCUGCUGCUAGUAAAUUUUCUAAAUAACAACAAAUAAACGUUUUCUUUCUAAGCGAAUUUGUGUGUGUGUGUGUGUAUAUUCAUUGGGCACUUCUUGCUCUGCUUCUUCCAUCUUACCCCAAUUUCUGAGGGUGUGCGAAAACCAGCCAGCUACUCAGCUACUCAGCUAGAACAUCGGCCAAGCCACAAACUCUGCAACUCGUCGCGGCGAAUCGACUCAACUGAACCAAGUGCAUAGAUAAAAACACAACUCGGUGGCGGCUCGACGACUCGACGACUCGACGACGGCUCCUCAGGUCUUUGACGCAUCGCACACAUUCAUUUCGCAUCGCGCUUUACCUCGAACGCAUGCUACGAACGCCAAACGUGCCACCAUUCAUACAGCAGCCUUGCGGUUGAUUGAGUCGGUCUGAUUAGAGAUUUGCUGGUGGUAUACCAAAAAAUAAAAAAUAAAAAAAUACAACCAAAAAAUAAAGAAAGCAAGGAAAUUCAAAAAUUGCAAUUGGUGUGUGUCCGAAAAUUUGUCGAAAUAAAUAUUUCAGUGGCCGAGUGAGUUAGCUGUGAAGUCGCCUAAAGUAGUGUUGACCAACCGAAAGUUUUAAAGGAAGAAAAAGUAUAUAAAAACGUAUCGAAAUUUGCAAAACGAAAAUAGAGUGUGUGGUAUCAGCGCGAAAAUAUAUAGAAAUAUAAAUAAAAAUUUAAAUUAAAUCAAAAUGCAGUCAACAAUUCUAGCUAGCGUUAUGGUGCUACUCUUGGCCGUACAGCAAGGUGCUGCCAUCAAAUGUUACGUAUGCAAUAGCCAUAAGGAUGCAAAUUGUGCACUGGACAUACCACCAGACCAUUUGCUCAAGGACUGCCAGGAGGAUUACUCAACACGCGGCAGAGGCAUACCGACUUACUGCCGCAAGAUCUCGCAAAUCAUUGAAUUCUCUGUAAAUAAUCUGCCACCGGACAGCCGUAUUAUACGUUCAUGCGGCUUUCUCAAUCAGACAUCGACUAAUUACUGCUACCAGCGCGCCGGUUUCGGUGGCCGUCAAAUAGUUUGCUCUUGUGACAAGGAUAAUUGCAAUGGCGCUGGUGCGAUCAGCGUGUCUAUUGGAGCGUUGUUAACUGCUGGCGCUGCUAGCGUUUGGGGUUUGCUUUCCCUGCUAAGACGUUCAUUGGUUUAAUUGCCAACACUUAUUUUGAGAAACAUUUUACAGAACCUCACAAAAUACAUAAUAGUUUGGCUUUGUUUUUAAUUUUGUACAUUUUCCUAUAGCAGAAAAUAGUAUGCUAAAUCAUUGUUGUUGGUUUUUCUUUUUGUUGUUGUUGUAAAUGCACACUCGUGUAAAAUCUGCAAGUGCAAACGAAUAAGUACUUGAUUUGCUUACGCUGCAUAAUUCCUCCAGAAAGAUUUAAAUAUGCGAGACCUAUUAAGUUUAUAUGCAUUGUUUUUACAUACAUAUGUAUGAAUAUUUUUUUAAUAUUGCUUCAUUUUUUUAAGCAAACACAUGGAGAUGUAGUAGAUUUUUAAAUCUUUUAUUUUAUCACAAGUAAAUUACUUUCAAACACAUACGCACAUAAACACAGUUGAAGCUAAACACGAAGCAGGAGCUGGCGUCAUAUAGAAUUUAGUCAAACAAAAACCUCAUCUGAUGAAGUUGGUUUAAAAUUAAAACGCCCAGUUUCAUCGAUGGAGAUAUAAAAUUUAAGAAGACUCCUAGGAAAUAAACAACAUAACAAUAAUUGUUAAAAAUAACAUGAAAAAAAUUAAAUAAUAAAAUUCAGUAGCACUUCAGAUUUUGCACAGUUAGUAAAAGUGGAAAUUAAAGAAAAAGAUGCAAAUUUUUGCAUAAAAAGCUUUAAUGUAGCAAAUUUUAUUUAUAAACAUUUUGUAAAACAACAAAUUACCCAACUAACACAAUACACCUGUCCAGCGCAAAGCUUGUUCCCAAUGCUAACGGCUUGAGGUUGUAAAAUUCGAAUCAAUUUUUAACUUUUUACUGCAACUUACCCACUAUAUUUUAUUUUAUUUUAUUUUUUAUUUUUCUUUUGAAAUACAAAUUUCGCUAAUAUAACAUGUAAAGACACAUAGGUAUAAACAUGUGUGCACUAUGACAGACAUAAAUAGAAGAUGAAAACUUUUAACAAGCCCACUUUAAA